AUGAUGUGUUGGGUGCCCUUUUUGGCGCACCGUUCAGGCAUCAAAGCAAUUUUCUAUGUCCCUGUAAGCUCUGCAUCUGUGGGUUUCUUGUUAUCCGAAACAGCCUCGAUUGAGUCUCAUACGAACGGUCCUCCAGGUUUUCCUCCGUCGAUCAGGCUCUAUAAACAUGUCAUCCGCAGACUUGAGGUUUUUGACAGUGAAAAGGAAGUAGGCAGUGGGUUGACAAUAAAGCAGCGGUUGAGGACCUCAAUUUGUGAGAGUGAUGCCAUUGGUUUCAAGACUUGUAGAGAAACUGAAGGGCCAUAUAUUGAAUAUAUUGAAAAUAACUUCAAGAAGCCAGUCUUACUUGCAGGGCCAGUUGUCCCUAAACCACCAUCUUCUUUUCUGGAGGAGAACGAAGCCAUACUUCAAAAGGAUCAAUUUCAAGAAUUGGUGUUGGGUUUUGAACACUCAGGGCAUCCCUUUUUCGCCGCACUGAAACCACCUUUUGGGUCGGAGAUAGUGGAAGAAGCCUUACCUGAGGGAUUCAAAGCGAGAACUCAAGAAAAAGGGGUGGUGUAUGGAGGUUGGGUUCAACAGCAAUUGAUCUUAAGUCACCCUUCUGUGGGGUGUUUUGUUACACAUGGUGGGUACGCGUCUCUAUGGGAGGGUCUAGUGAGUGAGUGUCAAUUGGUGGUACUGCCCCAUAGAGGCGAACAUUACAUUCAGGCCAAAGUUCUUAGUGCACAUCUAAAAGUUGGAGUUGAAGUCGAGAAAGGAGACAAAGAUGGCUUGUUUACAAAGGAGGGCGUGAAUGAAGCCAUAAUGGCAGUGAUGAAAGUUGACAGUGAAACUGGGAACGAGGUGAAAAGAAACCAUGAUAAAUUGAGGGAUUUCUUGUUGAGCAAAGGUCUUGAGGAUUCUUAUAUGGAUGGUUUCGUACAGAAAAUGAUAUUCCUGUUGGAAUAA